ACAUCUGGAGGAGGGAGCCCCACUCACAGCAUCAGUUCAUCCCAGCAUCACCUGCCAUCGUUUACUGAAGGGUUUAUUGAAGAAGAACGUCCAGCUGACAGUUUAUCUGAUGUGCAGCGAUCAGUUCCGCCCGGAAUUCUAAGGCGUUUUGAUCGCAUCGGACGUAGGUAGCAACGUGAAGUGUUACACCCACAUGGGCAGCGUCCUGGCUUUGACCUGUGGUCCGGGCCAUCAGAACUGGCCUUUCUCCACGGACCCCCCUCCUCCUCGCUGGGACACACAUCCUGCUCACUGGGACAGUCCACCGCGCUGGGAAAGGAGAGAUGGCCGCCUGCCCAACCCAGGCAGCUUUCACUCUCUCCACAGAAGCUGCAAAGAUGUUUUUCCUCAACAGAUUGAAGGAGUUAAGAUGAUCCUCAAUAAAACUCUGAGCAGCUUCUUCAAGGCCAGUCAUACUCUGCAUCUCAGUGCUGUUAAUCCUUCGCACUACCGGUUCCACGUGGAGCAUCUGCAGUCUGAUGAUUACAGCAAAGACAAGGAUGCCCCAGCACUGAUCGGUGAGAUGGACUCUUCAGGUAGCCUGAACGCUCACGCUCUGGUGCAUCUCACUGAGCGUGUACGAGCCAGGUCCGUCUUCCAGACUCAGCAGUCCCAAUUUGUAACGUGGCAGUUUGAGACCGAGUACAGAGGGAAUGACUUCACUGCCGCUGUGACAGUAGCCAACCCGGACGUCCUCAGAGAGUCAGUUAUCCUUGUGGCACACUUCCUGCAGAGUGUGUCUUCUGGACUGGUGUUAGGAGGGGAGCUGGUCUACCAUCGCGGCAGAGCGGAGGAAGGAGGAAUUCUUACUUUGGCUGGACAGUACUCUCGACCAAACUGGGUGGCGACACUGAAUGCGGGAAAAGGAGGUGCCCACGCCAGCUACUAUCACAGAGCUAACAAACAGAUCCAAGUGGGAGUGGAGUUUGAAGCCAGUACCAGGACACAAGAGACCACAGCCUCGUUUGGGUAUCAGAUGGAACUCCCAGAGGCCAACAUGGUGUUUCGAGGUAUGAUAAACAGUCGGUGUAUAAUAGGAGGCGUGUUGGAGAAGCGCCUGACCCCACUCCCUGCCACCUUGAUCAUGGGUGCCUUUGUAAAUCACAGAGGUGACAAGCUGCAAGUGGGGCUCGGUGUCAAUGUGGGAUAAUCCUCCACUAACCCCUGCUGGUAAUACAGCCCAACGUGGGGAGGACCGUCCAGGGACCCGUUCGAGAGGCUUCACAAUAACCCAACCUUCCAAGUUUUAUCUACUUCGGUAAAACACUUGGAACCAGCAGAGUAUUGUGGAUUUGUUUUAGGGUGUUGAAGCCCAAAAUGUUUCCUUAAAACGAUGCAUCGAAUCUUGCAACCUACCUCUUGAAAUGGUGAUGAUGUUCUCUGAUGGCGACAAGAGGAUUACACAGACUGGAUUAACAUUUGAGGGGCUCCACUUAUGUGACUUGAGAUGAGUUUUCUUCUCCCUGAAACCAGACUGGACACCACCUUCUGGACAAUGGAAACCGAAAGGAUAAGAGACAUACUGUACUUUCAACUGAAAAUAAUAUACAAUUUUAUACUGUAGCUAGACAUAAAGAAAAUAUAUGUUUAAAGAUUGCAUUCAAAGCUAUUUAUGUUUUUAUGUCUUAGACCAUUAACUAUGGUUUGUGUAUACCUGAACUGGAUGUUGACAAUUUUCUCCAGCACAUUAUUGUGGUUUGUAAGAGCAAUACAUAAUUUUCCCCAUCAUCCAGGCAGCCACUGGUUUAUAUUUGUGCCAGUGUAAUAAAAAAAAUAAACUCAGGCAAACAGCAAAACUGAAUCUGUGCAAGGCAAAAUUUUAAAGCAUCCGAUUGCUUGAAUGCACCAACAUGUAUGAGGUUUGAAAGAGUUGCUGCCCCACAGUAUUACCACAUGAUAGUAACAGAGGAAAAAUAUAGAAGAUUAAAUGUAAUUAUCUUCAGACAGUUUCAGUGAGAUGGUUUUUACCAACUAAAGCUUUAGAGGAUCAAUUUAGAAACAAAAGUGUUCAGCAGGAACUUAGUAAUAACUCUUGGGUGAUGCUGAAACAUUAUGAACCCUAAAACCAUGCGUUUGAUUCUGUGUGAUUGUCAUCUUUUCUUUGCCAGGGUAUAAAAGUAUAUGAGUGUUCCCCACAGGAACAAAUGAACCGUUGUGCUGCGCAUCAUGUUAACCCCAGGUGAGGGUUGUGUGAGCAGCUGUGCUCGGUAACUCCAUUGAACCGGUACUCUUCUGUAUGUGAUCAUGUGGAAACUCUGACCUGUAUGCAACCUGCACUACCCACGCUGCUUCUGGGCAUUUCCAGUCCUAUUUAACAAUUUCAAUGUUUUGAAUGUAUAAUUUAUACAUAAUGUAUUAUAGGCAUGGAGAGAGGUGGAGGGGAAUGACUGUAUUUUGGGGCUUAAUUUAAUAAAGAUGUUAUUUAUAUUAUA